AUGCAUUCAAAACAGCUGUCGUUCGGAAUUAUCUAUCUCACAAUUUUAAUUGUGCAUUUCUCUUAUGCACAUCGAAUCUAUUGCGUUAGCAAAAGGAAGGCGAUUCCUACUAUUAUGGUAGUUCUCGCUUUGAGUAAUUUCGGACUAGGGUGGAUUCUUGUGGCAGAAUUCUUCCGUGAUCCUUCCCUUUCACCAGUUCCAAGCCUUUCCGUUGCCUCCGGUGUCGGUGUCAACGAUUCAUGCCUUUCAACCUUCCAGGAUCUCAAGCUCAAGAAGAAGUUCAAGUACAUCAUCUUCAAUCUCAGCAAGGAUCUCAGCGAGAUUAUCGUCGAGAAAACCUCUGAAGACUCCGACUACGACGUGUUCCUCGCUGAUCUUCCCGAGACCGAGUGCCGAUGGGCGAUCUAUGAUUUUGAGUUCGAAAAGGAGGGCGCUGGAAAGCGGAAUAAGAUCAUCUUCAUCUCUUGGUCCCCCGAUGACGCGAAGGUCAAGCAGAAGAUGGUGUUCGCGUCCUCCCGCGACGCCCUCAAGCGCUCGCUGAACGGAAUCGCGGUCGAGAUCCAAGGCACUGACUUUGGCGAGGUCGCGUUCGAGAGUGUGUUGGACAAGGCCAACCGUGGAAAUUAA